CCAGCCAGCGCCCGGAAUCUGGGGUCCCUGGCUACAGCCCCGCCUUUUUCCGUCUGUCCCGCCUUCUAGGGCGGCGAAGCCAACCGACUCUAAGCCCCGCACAUCGCCCGCGCCACUAUUGGAGAGCGGCGCAUGAAAGCCGAGCCACCUUUUUAUAGCACGCGGUGGGUCUGAGUACUGCGAACCUGGGGUAAAAGUUCUGCGUUCUGCGCCUAUGUCCAGCGCAUCCAGCCGGGCCAGCAGCGCCCGCCGCCCCACGCAUGGCACCGGCUUCAUUGGCCAUGAACCCCGCUGGGCUCAGGGCGCGCGGCGGGGACGGCACCGGGUCCAACCCCCUGCCGUUCAGCGUCGAAUCGCUGCUGGAGGCAGAGCGCGGGCCGGACUCGGAGCCUGCAGAGUCUGCGGAGGAAAGAGCCCCGGGUGACACAGGGCCCGGACCCUGGCUUCUGCCCGCUGCCAGCACGCGCACCCCACGUGCCCUCAGCCCUCCCCCUUGCACCCUCGGAAAACACAAGAACACCCGCAAACCGCGAACGCCCUUCACCACAGCGCAGCUGUUAGCGCUGGAGCGCAGAUUUCACCAGAAGCAGUAUUUGUCCGUCGCUGAGCGUGCAGAGUUCUCUCGCAGCCUGAGCCUCACCGAGACGCAGGUCAAGAUCUGGUUUCAGAACCGCCGAGCCAAAGCCAAGCGGCUGCAGGAGGCCGAGCUGGAGAAGCUGAAGCUGGCGGCCAAGCCACUGCUGCCCUGUUUCUCCCCGCCUUUCCCUCUAGACGCUCCGCUGCACCGAGGCGCGCCUAGCGCUCUACCGCCGGUGUCCGGGGUCCUGGCGAGGCCGGCCGCCGCUUGUGGCUUGUACUACCUGUCUUAGGCUGAGGCUGGGGUCAGUCGGGCAGCGGUGCCGGCGCGAGGGCGGCGUUGUUCCGUGAGUCUGCGCAGGUUCGGCCCCGGCCGCCCACCACUCCUGCACACUCGGCGACGCUGCGCCUGGUAACUGCCAGUGUUUCGAUACCACUUUCUGGGUUUCUUUUUUUUUUUUUUUUUAUGUUCGUUUUGAUUUUAUCUUUCCUUUUUUAAAAUUUGCUAGAUGCUAUAUUUGAUUCUUGAAGCCUAUUUGUGAUUAUCUUAGAUUUUAAAUUUUUCUUAAAAUUAUGUUAGUACCAAACUUCUGAAAGGCGAUGAAAAGAGCUUCAUAAAGUGGCCUCGAAAGGAAACAAAACAGUUCUUCCUACUUUUUACAAAGGAAUCAACAAAGUUCUCUGAGGUUUCUGCAGGGGACCUGCCGCUGGUCUGAUGCCUCUCCAGGUGACCACGCACACGCAGAAAGAUCUACGAGAUUGUUUUGAACUGCGGAGAGAAACGAAUUCCAAAACAAGCAAUUAAAAUAAUCUGGUGCUGAGAUAGCUAGAAAGAAACUAUUUUCAUCAUGACUCGAUUUAUUAUGUCUAGGUAAAAUGGAAAUUUUCACUCUUAAUUUAGAGAAUUUUAUCAUUUUUUAAAAAUAUAGACUAUUCUGUGAGUCCAAGGCAAACACUGCGUCGUAGGAGUGGGCAGUGAGGGGAAGAGAUCGAGGGGGUCUGCUCUAGAGUUUGAAAGACAGAAACCUAGGGGAGACGCUCCUUAGGGUCGUGGCGUGGGCCAGGGGCCUCGAGAGAUCAGUACGGACCUCGCGCCCUCUGCCGGCUGGUGCCCUAGGCGCAAAUAAGAAUCUCCCGGGUACCCCGCACGGAGAGCUCUAACUUGCCCCAGAGGCCAGGGACACUAGGCUGAUCCUUUUGCUGCUGCUUUGUACUGCAUUGAGCUCAUUUACUAAUGGGACGCCUCUGGCUUCACCCGAGGAAGGAAAAUACUGUUCUGUGUAUGAUCUCAUCUAUGACGAGGAGCUGCCCCUGUGGGGCGUUCCUCCUCCACGCAGGAUUGAGAACCCUUGACGCGCCUGUCCCUGAGAUGCAAAAAGAAAAAAAAAAAAGCAGCCAUUUUCCCUGUUAUCUUCAGCUAGAAUCUGGAGGCUUAAGGAUAAAGUGUGCUGUGAGUGUAUACAAGCUCUCCUGUGGAUAGCAGUGGGUAAGGUGAACAAGUCCUUCCUUCCCUCCCAUCUCCUACUUUCCGCUGGAGGGGAGGCUCUGAACCAGGAAGGAAUUCCAGACUAUCCCUGCAGAGUUUGGGGUGAUGGCACUGGUCUGGGGUCCUCCUACCACGCAGGAGGGAAGGACCCUGCACAAGUACUCAACAGGCUUCUGUGUGACCAUGUCACAAGAAAACAGUAGAUGCACAAAUUUCACUGCAUUCUUCUGCUCUGGUUAAAAACACCUGACACUGCAGAUAAUGAUACACCAAAUUGCCUGUUGAUGUCCACUAGACUUUCUCCCUGCAUUGCUGAGAAAACAGAAACUCUUGGGUUUUUAAAAUAAAAUGAUUGAAAGCAAAGUGUCCACCCCUUCAGGUGCUUGCCAGUAUGUGCUGGAGCCUGAGUUGUACUUGAUCUUAGCUAGAAGGCCGGAAAAUGAUGGACCCUGCACUGUUAAAGCCUAUUUCAGCCCCAGUGCUCUGGUCAGCAGACGCACUCUUGGUCUGCAAAUACUACAAUAAAAAAAGAGGUUGGGGAGGGGACAGGCUGAGCUUCAGCAGCAACCAACACCUCACGUCAGACAUCCCUGCUGCUUUUUAACUUCUGUGGGUACUUAUAUCCUGAGGUUCCUAAGAGACACUGGGUAAGUCAGGACCUAGUUUUAUGGUUCAGUCAUGGUAUUUGUUUUUAGGGUGUUUUGUUUGUGUGUGCGUGUGUGUAUGUGUGUGUGCGUGCAUGCGUGUGUGUGUGUGUGUGUGUGUGUGUGUGUGUGUGUGCUGUAAAUUGAAUUGAGUUACGUUUUUUAUUUUGAAACAGAAUCUCACUAACCAGCACGGGCCAGGCUUAAACUUGUUAUCCUCCUGCCUCAGCCUCCCAGAAGCACCCGGCUAGUUGUGAAGACUUCUGAGAUAAUUCUGAAACCAACCAACAGAGGAGGAAAAUAAGCAUUCUGUACCCAUUCCAAUGGAGCAGGGGUCUGCACGGGCAGCCUGGCUGCCUGGUAGCUUAUCUUUAUCCAUAUAGUAAGUGCUAGCUGAGGGCAUAUAAAUGACCCCAUGGGGCCUUAAAAUCAAGAGUGCCAGAUCCCUUAGGGCUGACUCAGAAUUUUCUGAACUAAGUGAAAGAAUAACUUGCUAAUUUGUCUCUCUAUAACCUUCUCUGACCCAGAAUAAAGAUGGAAGCUCUCCCCAGAUAUCUCCACUGAGCCUGGUGUCCUGAUUCCCCCAGGAGGAGCCCAGCUCUGGGGUCCUAGAAGGUGAGACAUGCAAAUGCCUAAACAUCAUGCCAGUAGCUCUUGUUACUGCAUAAGUAGUGUUUGCUUUCAGGACAAAGCUGAGGUGAAUUUUUCAAGAGAGACUUUUUUAAAAGACAGCUGAUUCCUCAGCCUUCUUAUCGGACAGGUUCUGUAUAAACCCUGGCUGGGCCUCCAGCUGUGUGCUUCUGAUGAAUUUAGCCUGUGUAUCACCAAGUCAGAGGUAUAUGAAAGUCAGAGGUGGCCCAGAGCCAGGAAAGGAUAAACCAUUAUGACCCUUCUCUCUGCUUCCCCAUCACCUUACAGAUGGACACUUUGAGGCCCAGCUUCCUGGUCUCCUGUCUGCCCUUUCAGUUAUCUAUGUUCAGCCUCCAUCGGUGAACUUGAAAUCACUGCCCUGCCCUUAGGAGUUUGUGAUCUGGGUAGGAGACCAUGUGACAAAGUGGCCAGAGUGGUGGUUAGGGAAGACCAUGUUUCUUCUAGGUGCAGGGCUGUAUGAUCCAGGGAUGCCUAGUGGGCAAGAUGGUAUGGACUAUGGUGAUCUCUAGCAGAGCCAAAGUAUAGAGGACCAGACUGUGAAAGACCCCCUUAAGCCCACCACUACCAAUGGCAUCUCAUAUCUCAUUAAAAGAGUGAUCCAAGGCCUGGAAAACAGCACCCAGGCUCCUGAUAUCAGAGUCACAUCCAGGGGGAGUGGGGAGAUAACAGUGGGCUCACAUACCUUCUGGAUGGGGCCGGCUCAUCUAGACACCAUCUGACACGUGGCCAGCCCACAGAGCCCCUGCUAGCUGCCUGUAAUAGCCCUCAUUCUUUUGGAUAUGUUGGGAUCUGCUUUCAGCCCCACCUCUGGCAUGAACAGUGGUGUGGACCCCUCAGAGGAUAGGGCCUAGUCAGUCUUACUCAUGGCAUUUUUGGAAAGGGAUUCACAAAAUCUGACCAGCAGACUACAUCAUCCUAAAGAUCUAGAGGACAAAGCGAUUUCUGAAAAGCUAACCAGCUACUUAAGCUGCUGCCAAGAAGCAAUUUUAUGUGCAAGGAAACACCUCUAGCCAUACUUCCUUCCAAUAAACUGUAAAGGUAAAAGAUUAUCUUUUCUACAUUUCUAAAAUUCAGUAAACAUUAACUGAUAUUAGCCAGGUGCUGAGGAAAGAGAAAUGUUCUCUUCUGAUCUUUGUGGCCCCCACGCCUUUCCAGUCCCCAACUUGGUACAUUCCCUCAGGUAUCAUUUCAGAAUAAAUGGACUGCACUGUUUUCCUGGUGCAAUAAUAAUUAAUGCUAUCUAGAUGGCCUGAAGCUCUAGUACUUGCAUGUUCACUUUGUUUGUUUGUUUGUUUUUGUCUUUUUGAGACAGGGUUUCUCUAUGCUGUUCAGGCUGGCCUUGAGCUCACUUUGUAGCCUAGGCUGGUCUCGAACUCACAAUGAUUUUCCUGCCCCAGCCUCCUUCCAUGUUCACUUUGAAAGUGAUCAUCUAAAAAUGCCACCUAAACAUACAGUUGUUGCUAUUUCUGAUGGUUUUAUAAUGCAUUCUGUAUUAAGAAAAAAAUCAAGCAAUGAAUUAAGCCAUAUGGUGGCCAGUGACAAGAUGCUGAAUUUCAGAAAUGGUAAGAUGAGAAAAAGGAAUGCCUUAGCACUUCUAAGUUAUGUUAUAAAGCCAUAGCAUGCAGUGCCUGCCUGGCAAGUGCAAGGACAUGAGUUCAAAUCCUGAUACCAAAAAAACUACAUUAUUCCUUUAAGCAUUUGUGAGGUGUUAUUUUUUCCAGGUUGCACUUGGAAAAUUUGUCAGAAUGAGGAGUCAUCUCUAUCUUCAGUGAGCACUGGUUUUUGCACACAGACAGCAAAGAUUGUUCUGGAGGCAAACUUGAGCCCCUGCAGGAGGACAGGACUACAGUCCUGGAUUAUUUAGACUCCUCUGGGACAGUGCUGGAUGUGCUGAUGCUACACAGCAUGGUGCACUCUCUACUGUUUCACUGUGCUGCUGGAACCUCUGGCAUGAGCAUGGACAGAAGCAUUUGGAAAGAGUUCAUCUUUGUUUCAUUUCUGGUUUUUAAAUUAGAUGCUUUUAAGAGGCUGUGUACCCAGAGCUCAUAUUUUUUUUUCCAAGUGGUCUAGAAAGACUAAAAGGCCCAAGGUACUCUGCCUUCUCCCUCUGCCUGGACUGUCAUCUCUACCUCUCCUUAGAGGAGCCCUGGGUAAUCAUGACUACAGAGGGAAAAGAAACCAGCCUAUUGCUAGACAUUGAAACAUAUCUCUUUGCCCUUCUCUUCAACCCUGGCCUUCCUUCUAGCCAUCAUACUUCAAUAAAAUGAGUCUGCAGGAAAAAUAACUCAGUUAGACUGUAACUAGCAUAACUUUCUCUUCACUCAUUCCUUUUGGUUAUGCCUAAAAGUCUAGCUCCCUUCCCAGGGAGAGAUUUUAUCCUGUCUAAGUACUAUAAUAUUUAAACCUAGGUUGACAACUAAUCAAAAUGAUGCUGAGACUGAUUUUUCAAAUACAAUACAUAUUGUUUAAGUUCAAUAACUUGAGAGCUUUUCAUUGGUCAAAAUAAUGUGUUGAUUGUUAUGAUUCUCAAGUCAUCAAAAUUUUUGAGAUAAUUACAACUAAAAUUGAAGGGACUUACAAAUUAGGUGCUUUUAGCAGAUGCAAGGUAUUUGUGUUGUAUUUUUCUGGAUGCAUUUUCCAAAUUUUUAAGGAUCUUUUCUGCAGCUGAGUACUAAAAAGCUUAUUAUAAAUUAAUGUUGGGUUUUAUCAAAUUCUUUUUCUACAUGUACUGAGAUAAUCAAAUAGUUUUCCUGUUUGAUCUGUCAGGGGGGAAAUUACAGAUUUUCCAGGGUUAAGUAAAUUGUGACUUCCUAAUAGAAAUCCAACUUCAAGUGUGAAGCAAAAAAAUAAAAAGGUAAUAAAGGGUAUAUUAACAAUAUCACUAUUUAAAAUCUAGGUGCCUGGCGAGGGAUUUAGCUCAGUGGCAUAAGUGUCUGCCUGGCAAGCGAGAGGUCAUGAGUUCGAUCCCUGGUACCCUCUCCCACCAAAAAAUCUAGGUACCACAAGCAUAAAAACAUUAAGUUCAGCAGCAACCUGUGGAAACAACAGCUUUGGUGAAAGAUGGAGGACUGCAAUAGCCAGCAGUUGUGCUAAGGAAUCAGUGUCCACCCAGAUGAUGUUCUGGAACAGCUCUGCAUGCAGAGUCAUCCCAGCUAAAAGGAUACUCUUGGGCUCCCCAAAAGCAUGGCCAGUGACACACUUAUUCUUCAGGCUGUAAAGGUCUCAGUUUUCAGUGAGCAUUGGCCUGUUUCCUACUGCUGUAGAUAAGUCUUGUGAGCUUUGUCUCCAUAAGUCACUUUGGGAAAAUAUCAUUGUGUUCCUGCAGAGACAAUGACUGCCUUCUCCUUCAUAUCUGUGGAUUUGAGUCACAGUUCUGUCAAAAGUUGUGCAAAGGUAAAUAGUGCACCAUCUGUCCCUUAAAUGCAGCCAGUUACAAGAUUUGGUUACAUAUGAACUUCUCAUCCAAGCCUGGAUCGUUCUCUUGGUACUAUUCACACCUCAGCCUGGUUCAGCCUUUUUUCCUUUGUCAUGGAAAAUGCCCAUGCAUAAUCACAUACAUACACAGUGGUUGGUUCUUGCAUUAUGAACUUCCAUGCCUUCAGCUCCAGCUUCAGCCACUGUCAGCUUAGAGAUGAUCCUGUUUCCUCUGAACCCAAAAUAGUCCCUUCUUUGGAUUGUUGUGAAGCAAAUCCUAGCGGUCAUACAGUAUUUCCUUCGCAAAUGCUCCAAGGUGCAGAGAUGAUUUUAAAAAGCAUCACCACAUUAUAAUAUUAUCUUUCGUGUUGUCAGACACCCAGGAGCACUGAGGUUUCCGUACAGUUCACCCACCCGAAGUUUACAGCUCAGUGCUGUUUAGUGUGUUUGCAGAUAUACACAACCCUCACUAUGGUUUUUAGCACAUUUCAUCACCUCAAGAAGAAGCCCAGGGGCUGGGGAUUUAAGGGGCUGGGGAUUUAACUCAGCGGCAUAAGUACCUGCCUUGCAAGCAGGCGGUCGUGAGUUCGACCCCCGGUACCAAUAAAAAUGAAAAAGACUAAAAAAAAAAAAAAAAAAAAAAAAAAAAAAAAAAACCUGUCUUAAGCUGUUAGGAGUCUAUUUUCUAUGUGUGUAGAUUUCCUUGUUCUGGACAUUUUGUGGAAAUGGAAACAUAGAGUAAGAUGUGUGUGUGUGUGUGUGUGUGUGUGUUCAUUCAUUUAAUGUUUUCAGUGUACAUUUCCCAUUAUAUGGAUAUAAACCAUUUGUUGAUCAAUUAAUCAGUUAAUGGGCUUAAGUAUUUCCUUCUUUGGGCAUUGUGAAAAAUGCUGCUAUGAACAUUUGGACACCAAAUUUUGUAUGGGCAUAGGUCUCCAUGGCUCUUGAGUAUACACUUAGGAAUGGGUUGCUGGAUCAUAUGACAACUGUGUUUGAGGAGCUACAGUAUUGUUUCCCAAAUCAGCUGCACUGCUUUAUAUUCCCAUGAGCAGGGCAUGAGGGUUCUGGCAUGAUUUUUCCACACUGUUGGCAAAAAAUUGUCUGGUGGGCAUAAAGUCUCAUUGUGAUUUUAAUUUGUGGUUUUCUGACAACAAAUGAUGCUGAGUAUCAUUUCAUGUAUAGCUUAUUGGCUAUAUUUCUUAAUUGGAGAAACAUUUAUUAAAGUUCUUUACCCAUUUUUAAA